CUAAUGAUAGUAAAAAUAAUGAUAUUAGAGAUAAUGAUGGCAAAGAUAAUGAGAAUGAUAACGAAGAUACUAAAGACGAUAAGGUUGCGAGAAUGUUAAGGACGAGAUCAGCUCCAAUAACGCAGAUAUAA